UACAACCGCUAACUGUCUUGUCACAAAUUUUGUUUAGAGAUAGAGAUUUUCCAAAAUCGAUAAACAAACAUUUGGAAGUAAUGGCUACUAAGCAUUAUCUCAACCACAGUGAUCGAAAUGAUUCAGAAUCUUUUGAGGAUGCGGAUGAAAAAGCCAAUCGCAAGACGCAAUGGGUUAGGUUAAAUGUAGGUGGAACGUACUUUCUGACUACUAAAACUACUCUUUGCCGUGACCCCAACUCAUUUCUCUACCGGUUGUGCCAAGAAGAUCCAGAUUUGAACUCUGAUAAAGAUGAAACUGGUGCAUAUUUGAUUGACCGAGAUCCUUCAUAUUUUGGGCCAAUCUUGAAUUAUUUGCGCCAUGGAAAGCUUGUUAUUAAUAAAAAUUUAGCUGAAGAAGGAGUGUUGGAAGAAGCUGAAUUUUACAACAUUACUGAUUUAAUUCGACUUGUAAAAGAAAGAAUUAAAGAAAACCAUGUUAAGAUGAGUAAAAAUGAUUCAAGAAAACAUGUAUACAGAGUCCUACAAUGUCAUGAAGAUGAGUUGACUCAAAUGGUGUCCACUCUCUCUGAUGGCUGGAAAUUCGUGCAGCUUAUUAAUAUUGGUUCCUCCUACAACUAUGGCAAUGAAGACCAUGCUGAGUUUCUAUGUGUUGUUUCUCGAGAGUAUUGUGGCACAUCUUCGAUUUCUUCAGACUUUGAACCAACCGAUCGAGCCAAAGUUAUACAACAAAAAGCCUCUCGAAUGUGAGCAUUAUUGUUUUUUUGAGAACUGUAGAUGUUGAUGAUGAAAAUUCAUCUGUGAUAAUAACUUGUUGGAAUCUCUGCCCUUUGGUGUUUCCAAUCCCAUGUUUUUUUAUGAAAGAGAGAAAACGUUAAGUUAAUUUUUUUCCUGUCUUUGUUAUUAUUUAAUUUUUUAUAGUGUAGUUUUACAUUUGUUUGAUGCAGUGUCAUUGCCCUCAGUGUUCUUUUUGUUCUCUUUUUCCUUUUGGGUGUGCUCUAAACAUCAUUCUAGUUAACUUUAUCCAUCCAAAAUCUGGCAUACCUACCUGAAACAUGAACUGUAAUUGCAAUGAGUAUCAUGCAGAUUUUAAAGAAUGAUGUGUUCACACUUUCUCUGUGGGGAGUGCAAUGUCCUUUCUUUUUAGUGUUGUGUGAUAUAUAUUGUUCAUCAUUGUAAUAAGUCUUUUUUUUUCUUUCUUUGUGCCCAGGGUACAAAAUAACAUUUUUAAUUUAAAUCUCAGGGCGGUUGUAAUAUUAAAAAGAAAAAAAAAAAAGAUGUGAAUGGGAACUCAUUAAUGUCCAUAUCUACCCUCUUAAUUUUCAAACUGCUACAGCAAUAUUUGUAACAGUGGUGUGUAAGUAUAGUAAUGUACACUAAAAGAUGGUUGCUUUUAAUGAACCUAAGGAAAGACUGCCGGGUUAAUUUUUAAUCUAAAAAUGGUAUGAAAUAUCUGGAAAAAAAAAGUUAAUUACAAAGUUGUAAAGCAUCAUUGAUUUAAUACAAAUAGACACUUUAUGGAGGUUAAGGCAAAGAAUUGAGAAAAAAGGAAAUUUUAAAUGUGAUGCAUGCAGUAUUUGCAAAGUAAUUUAGGAGUAAAAUAAUAAUAAUAAAAAAAAA